UUAUCAAAAUUCAAAUCAUAAGAUACACAUCAAUUCACUGAUAAGUUGCUAGACAGGUUGCCUCUCUAGCCCCACAAUAUUAAGACAUCUUAUGAGCUCUAAACGAGCCAACUCACAAGUUGCGCUCAACAAGCCACCGAGUCGAGCUAGCUCAUGAGCUGAGUAAGACUUAGCUCAAGCUCGUUUUAUUUGCGAACGAGCUGAGUUUCGAACGAGUUUUUCUCGAGCUGCUCACGAGUAGCUCGACUCAUUUGCAGCCAUAGCCAUAACUAUGUUCUAGGGUUACUCACUUAAGCAUUUUCGUCAUUAAUAUCUCUAAAAACCCCAAUUUACAUUGACAGUCUAAGAAAUAUCUUAAUUAUAUUAAGUCCUUUAUAUAUGAUUGUUUAAGGAUGGUACGUGUGCGUUUUCGGUUUUCCACAAAUCGCAUACUUGUUUGUUUUUUUAUGUCAUAUUACAUCUCCACAAAGUUUAAGCUAUGUGGAUGGUUGCCAUGUUAAAGCCAUAGUUUAUGAUAUUUAUGAAAACUGGCUCCACCCAACCCCCCAUUGUCAUCCGUAGGUGUAAGGUGGGUGUUGGACGUUAGGGACCUCGUUUAGCGUCUAGCUCCUUUAUGCGUCACCUAAGUAUGUCUAAACGUUAGAAACAAAAAUAUCCAUUUGUACUACAUGAUGAAUAAAAAUAACAAGAUGCAAUACUUUCACCCUUUAUUACAAAUGAUUAAUAACGUAUCUAACAUUUAGUAAUAAGAAAGUUAGUUUACAAGUUUACAAUAAGAUCUCAAUAGCUCUCAAUGUUCUUCGGCUAUUGAAAAUAUUUGAUAUAGAAAAUUUAGUUUCUGUCAUCCCCCUCUCCUCUGGAUAUUGUUGCCUGAGACAUUUUAGUGUGAUUUAUAGUAUUGGUGCUAUAAAACGUUUACAACCAUUAGAUCAUGUUCAAAAUAUAUCAGCCAUUAGAUCUUAUUUAGAUUAUUAAUAUAUUGUUUUAUUUGUUUAUGGUCAACCGGUACAACCGGUUGUAUGUGAAAAAAGUUCGAAACCCAUUCUCUUAUCCUUCUCCUCUCCGAGCAGAUCUGAGACCCUCUUCUCACCGCCGACAUCCAUUCUUGCUGUCACCGGAAAUGCAGUUACCGACUCCAACUCCAGAGGCAGCGAAUCUCUUCCUUUGAUCUCGCAUCGUCUCUCUACUCUUUGACCAUCCCGUACAAAAAAUCGGAGCGUUUUUUUUAUUAUGAUCGGAGCCCUCUGCCUACGGCGACGAGGUUCUUACCUCGAGCAGCUACUCCCGUCCUAGCCCCGAUCUGGUCCCGCUUACGGAUUUCAGGCCGGCGGGGGCAUGCCUGCCGGUGAUUCUGAGUACGGAUCCAGAUAUGGUGGGAGGACUGAGAUCGGUGGCGGAGGCGAAUAUGGCAGGAGGAUUGAGAUCGAGUACGGAUUUGGCAGCGAUGGCGGCGGGAGGACAGAGACUGAAUACAGAUCUGGUGCCGGCGGAUAAAGCGGGAGGACAAAGGGUAAAUACGGACCUGGCAGCGGCGGAUAUGGUCGAAGAACCGAAUAUGAGCAUGGAUUGGGUUACGGGCGUAAGUAGGAGUUCGAGUAUGGUGGAUCGGGCUAUGGGCAUAAACAGGAAUCUGAAUAUGGAUCAGAAUAAGGCCGGCAGCCGGAAUCUGAAUAUGUUCAGCUCGAUUCGCUCCAUCUAGAAGCAAGGACGGAGUUCGCGUACCGCGGCGCCGGCGCCGAAAGAGGGUAUAAUUUUUGCGCCUGCUCUGUUCUGUGACUCGUAAGGGACGGAUUGGCGUUGAGAUUUGGUCGUAUAUUUUAGGUUUCCUUCCGAUUUCAGAGCUCUAGAAGGGUUGGUGUUUCUUGAGUAGCUCUGCUUCGAGGGCAUCCAUAACUUGGAUUUAUACAUGGCUUUCUCGUUGUAGCCUUGUUCCGUGUCUGUUCUUCUCUCUUCUCGCCAAGCAUAAGCUAGCAUUCUCCUGUUUAUGUAUGUUCUCCUAUUGAUUGUUGAAUGCUAAGUUGUUACCCUUUACUGCUGUUGUGCUAAGUUGUACCUUCAACUAUUGUUGGUAGAUGAUCCUAUGCUUAGAUAGUCCUCCAUGGCUGUUCAGGGCAGAGACCAACCAAAGCCAGUCUUCCAUGUCUACUAUAGCUUCUGUAGGCUUGCAUCAGAUUGUUGAUUUCUAGGUCGAUACAAUUUGUUGACAUGUAGGUAGAUUGCAUUAAGCACCCUGAAUUGGGUAUUGGGGGAAUAACUGAUUUUUAGGUCGAUACAAUUGAUUAAUGUAUUGUUGGAUUCACUGGGUUGUGGGUGGUGAAAAUGUGGAUUUUAAUUGUCUCUAAACUUCAUUUUGUUGGUUGUUUUUAGUUGGAUUUUUAGUGUUGAGUUGUUAACCAUAAAACCAAUACUAUGGAAUGACUUUUUUCCUUUGUGGUAUUUUAUCAUAUAUGAACAUGCUGCUUAGUUUCUUUUAUCUGAACUAUCGUCAUAUCCCUGCUACAGGUUUGGUCAUCUAGUUGAUCUUUAUGCCUGGAAUCCGCAUUGCAGAUAUCUCGACGGUAUGGGUCCGUCAGGUAAGUAUGUAGCUACCUGUUGCUCUCUUGCUGACAGACACAUUUACAAUGUGAGCAAAAUGAAAGGCCCAUCUGCUUAGUGAAACUUAGAAAGUGGAAUAAGGCACUAACUUGAAUCUAGUUGAUUAAAAAAGGCUUAUCCAAUCAGGAUUGAACAAAAUGAAAAUAUGUGCUUGUUUUCCUGUUCGGGCAGUUAGCUGUAGGUUAAUGUCUCCGAGUUCUUACACUCUUUUAAAAGGAUAAACGAAUUCAUAAGUUGAAUUUUGCUGUGUGAAAUGGAAGUAAUAUGUGUUUUUUCUUUUUACUUUUUAAAGCUGUGAAAGUCCACAGUUUCAUUGUGGUUGCAUCUAGUUGAACUUGAUUUGCUCCAUCUCUGGUUGUAUAUUAACUUGCUUUUUGUUCUGUUUGACAUGCACCAGUGCACAGAACAACUGGAAAGGGUCUUGGUGGCAUAGUAGUCUAGAUGUACACUCUGGUAAUUUGUUGUAUCUUACUGUCCUGGAAAUUAUUUGUAGACAAGGUUUUGCUACUUGAAACUAUUGACUACAUUUGCAUGUUUUUAGACGACUCAGCGCUCUACUAAUCAUAUUCAUCAGGUACCUGCUGUUUAUUUGGACAGGUUUGGAUUCUUGGUUGGUCAAUGUAGUAGAAUGUGCCAUUAUGCUGUGAGUUCAGAUGAAGCAUUUCAUACUGUCAAAGGGUUGAUUGAAGACUUGACCUUGCGAGUGAAGACAAUAAGUGAAAAAACAACCAGCAAAACAAAUAAUGCUACUACGGAUGCUAGAGUGAACUCCUCUCAGUUUAUUAAGGACCCCCCAUCCAGUUCGAAGUAAAGGGAAUGUGAAGCAACCUCAAGUGAAAAGACGGUUGUGCAAGUAUUGUAGGCGUCCUAAACAUACAAUCAGAAAUUGCCCGCUGAAAAGAAUGGCUGAAGCAGGUGCAGGUGAUAGUCAUUUUACGCAACAAGAACACAACUUCGAGUCCACAGGAGCAGGUGAAAGCAACUUUCAUGUGGAGACUCAAGAAUCUGUUCUACUUCCCAAACGAUCCAAGCACAACCUGUAAUGCUCGUGUCUAGCUUCAAAGAACAUUAUGACUCAUCUUUUCAUAAGCUUGUAGUUUUCAAAAACAGUAUGUUGUGUUUCUUACACCAUUAUAAUAAGUACGGGGGUUAGUUCUACAGGUGAAUGUAUCUCACAGCCAAUUCUGGAAAUCUCAUGGCCAUGAGCUCGCCCCGUGGAUGCAAAAAUACAGGUAUCAGUUUUUCAGGGAUUUUCACGGAUUGGAUGCAACAAUAUCACGCCCGUGAAAGAAGUCGUGUUUUUGGAUUUGAAAUUCUGGAAAUAUCACGGCCGUGAGAGAGGCCGUGGAUGUAAAAAUGCAGUUCUCAGUUUCCCAUGGAUUUUCACGGGUUGGGUUCGACAAUAUUACGACCGUGAGAUGAGCCGUGUUUAUGGAUUUGAAAUGUUGGAUUUCUCACGGCUCAUCUGUAACUUCUCACGGGCGUGAGAUUCACCCGUGCAAUUUUCACAUUGCUCGGUCACACCCAGGAUGCCUCACGGCUUGUAAUUAAACUCUCAUGGGCGUGAGAAUAAGCUGUGAUAUGGAAACCACUCCGAUUUUCUCAGGGGAUAGUUCAACAGGUGAAAGUCUCCUACUGGAAAUCUGACACCUCAUACUGGUAAAAUGCUCAAGUGAAAUGCUCAAGUGAGAUGUAAAAAGUAGUGUUUCAUUCCUCAGGUAAAUCUCACUGCCGUGAGAUGUCCCGUGAGAUGUAAAGAGCAGUUCUCACUAUACCAGGAAAUUUCACGGCUACUACUUGACAUUCUCACGCCCGUCAAAAUCUCACGUGAAAUUGAAACACACAACUGCCACUCAAAUGUUCUCACAGCUCAUUCAGGUAAAAUAACGGUUGUGGAAUUAAGAUGUACCUACACUUUCUAAAGUUAUACCUUUACACUAAACUUAAAGUUGUACCUACACUUUCCCAAAAAUUUUCUAUGAUACAAUUCACAAUUGUACCUAUACACUAUGGUACAACUUAAUGUUGUACCUACACUUUCUAACAAAUCCUCAAUGGUACA